CUUUUCUAACAAUGGAUGACAGUGCUCAAAGAAAAAGGAGUAGCCAACAAGAGCGCCCAGAUGAAAUUGUUAUUCUACAUCCUCCUAAAAGAAAAAAGGACACACACAGAUCUACAUCUAGUGAUCUAAUGUUUUUUUAACUGGUUUCAUUUGAAGAAUCGUAACAUCAAAUCCAAAAUAACCAUUUUACUAAAUUUUCCGUUACAAAUUCCUUUUUUUCAACCAGGGUAAUUACACUGAUGAUCUCAAGAGUUUCUUAAUUUUUAUGACAAGACUGAGUGAUUUCCAGAAGAAUAUAGUUCGAAAAUUAGGGUUGGGAGCACUGCUGGAUCUUUCCUACACUUCAAACAUUAAUGACAUUUUCUUAUGGCUAGCAGCCCAAUUCAACACAACAAACAACUGCAUUGAACUUAGGGCUUCAAAUUCAAGUUUAUUGACUCUGUUGUGCACACUAUACUUGGAAUUCCAUUCGGUGGACUGCCAAUUCAAACGAAUCCAUCAAAAGAAGUUUUAGAAAAGAUCCACAAUCUUGUUCAAUCAUCAUCUCCUAGUACAGAGCUUCUUAUAUCCCUUGUUGGUGAUGACAACACAGAGGAAACUUUUUCCAUUCUAUUUGUACUGCUACCUGUAUCGUGCUUAUUAGCUCCUAACUCGAAAGGAUAUCCAACAAAGAAAGUAUACAACCUUUUGGCAAAUACACAAUCUGUUUCCAACUACAAUUGGUGUUCAUUUGCUCUAUCGUACUUGGCACAUCACAUCAAAAAAGUGAAGCCAGACCUGCUUCAAAAAAGGCAGUUAUGCCUGGAGGUUGCAAGCUUAUAUUGGUGAUUGCCCACUUUGAAUGCUUAAUUACUUCUGAAUUCAAGAUACCAUUGAACAUCAAGCCAAGGCUACCUUUGUGGUCAACAAGUUUGUUAAAAUCUUUUAUUGCUCUUGACUCUAUGCAUGGCGAAAAAAACGAGUUUGGCAGACUACCUAUGAAACACAUCUCUUCAACCCCUUUCAAUGAUUCAAUGAAUGAUUUCGCUGUUGAACUACCAGAAGUUAUCUUACAGUAUAUUGACAACAAAUUCCCUUCAUUUCAGGAUAAUCUGGAGAAAUCUCUUCUACAAGCAUCCAGCCAAAGAUUCUGGGAAACACUUGUAACAAACUACAUCCCAACACUGAGAACAUACAUCGACGAUGUCAAAUGUUCAUUCUCCAAAAAAAGUGCUACUACCAGAUAUUCAAUUAAACAAGAAACAAAAAGUUUGCCAGCAACUAGUUCCCCAGUGACUUCUGGCAUAGCAGAAUUAUGUGUCCCCAAGUCUGUAGGUGAUCUUGACCAAGCUAUAAACUCUUUAUUAAACUCAGAUGAAUUCUUGCAUUUGAAAAAUGAUUCAAAUGUUAGUGCACCAACUCUGAAAGAGCACUCGAAAGCAGCAUUUGAUUUAUUUGUGCAAGAUUGCACUGAUCCUGAAGGAAUGAAUGAGUUAGCAAACUGUGGUGUUCUAUUCCCAAAGAUCUUGCCAACCUUUGAAGAACUUUUCAAGAUAGAGAAGAUGCCGACAGAUAUAACUAUUGAACACCUUAAUCCCUUGGAAGUGCUACAAGAUUAUGUCAGAAGCCAGCUUAGCACAAGAGUUCCGCAAAAUAAACAAAAAGAUGAGUGGAUAAAUGAGAAGUUCAGCAUAACUCAAUUCAAAUUUGUAGCAAAUAAUCAAAGCUACAAAGGAAGUAAACUGUAUUGCUUGCAAGAAGAAGUAGAACUGAACUCUGCUUCACUCAACAAAAUUAGCACCCUCUCCUCUCAACCAAGCUCAUCAAAGACAGGUAUCAAGCAACCCAACAUUUCUCAUGGAGAAGCUACAACAACUGUUCCAAUUCAAAAGAACUACGCCUCCGAAAUCCCUUCUUUCAGUGCUAUAACUGCUUCUUUCAAUUCAGUUCCUGCUACAAAAACUGCUACCUACCACACUACCAACCCAAGUUCUGCUGCAUUAAUUCCGAAUACAAACUUCCUUCCUCUUGCAACUUCUUCACAUGGCAAGUCUCCAUUCCUAUACAGCAGCAGCAAAAUCAGAACUUGUCAAAAUAACCCAGCAUUUUUAUGCUUUCUUCCAGCAUGAUUUGCAGGCGCUACGAGAAAUUUUUAUGUUCGAGAUUGCUACUUGCUGCAACAACCAAGUACAGCUACCUAUUGUCAAGUCUUUCCUCCAAAACCAUGGGUACCGUCUCUUCAAUUAAACAAUUUUCUUCUGGUGUUUCCUGCUUUUUCCAACUUUCAUAUGGUGUUGCUACAACAAAAAUUCAAAGGUUCAAGAAUAUUCAGAUCAAGAUUUUUUUGCAUUUCCAACAGAUUCAAAGGUUCAAGAAUCUUCACAUCAAAGAAGUUAUUUGUAGAACCAUGUAAUAUAUUUUCUAGGAGCAACAUUUUCCCCCUAAUAUGGGUUAUUUCUUUUUCCAUUUUCAGCUUACGCCUUUCAAUACAAAAAACAAUUUUCAGUUCUGAGAACAAAUGAUAAAGUUUUCUAUAUUCAUAAGAACAUCCUUUUUCUG